AAUAAUGUGGCAUUGACAGUGUAGUAGCUAUUGUGUUGCCUAUAUAUAAUAAGCAAUCGUUUAUUUGAACUCAGUAGGAAAUUGUAGUCGCUUGUGCUGUGGGGUUUCAAUAAAUAUUGUGAGGAAAAUAAUUGCAGAAGGGAGGAAACAUGUGUGGAAUUUUUGCCUACUUGAACUAUCUGACCCCCAAGAAGAGGAGCGAAAUCUUGGAGCUGCUGGUCAAUGGCCUUAAGAGGUUGGAAUAUCGUGGUUAUGACUCAGCAGGUGUUGCUAUCGACUGUAAUGAUGAGAACGUAAUGGCAGUAAUCAAGAAAUCAGGAAAAGUGAAGCAACUUGAAGAAGAAAUCAAAAAUUUCUCCAAGGAUUAUGAUAUUGAUGGCAUAAGCGAAAUCCACUGUGGAAUAGCCCACACACGUUGGGCUACUCACGGUGUACCAAACGCCACCAAUGCCCAUCCUCAGCGAUCAGACAAGGAAAAUGGUUUCGUGGUUGUACACAAUGGAAUAUUGACUAAUUAUAAGGAAGUGAAGGUCUUCCUAGAGAAAAAGGGGUACGAUUUUGAAAGCGAAACAGACACAGAAGUGAUUGCCAAAUUGGUCCAUCACUUCUACGAGAAACAUCCAAAUUAUUCAUUCAAGGAAUUGGUUGAGCAGACCAUUCAACAAUUGGAAGGUGCAUUUGCCCUAUGCUUCAAGUCUAAGUACUUCCCUGGAGAGACAGUAGCAACUAGAAGAGGAUCACCUCUACUGGUUGGAAUCAAAACAAAGUCAAGAUGGGCCACCGAAAAUGUUCCCAUUUCUUAUGGAAAAGAUGAAACAACGAGACGUUUAUCUGAAGGAGACUCUGAGACAAAUCAUUCAGAUCAUCGCAUUCAUGCAAGAAGUAAUGGCGAUAUUGAAGUUUUGCCAAGAUGUGAUUCAACUACAGAAUUUGAGUUGCUGGAAGACAAGCAAGUUGAAUACUUUUUCGCUUCUGACGCAUCCGCCAUAAUUGAACAUACCAACAGGGUAAUUUAUUUCGAGGAUGACGAUGUAGCAGCAGUGAGAAAUGGACUUCUGAGCAUUCACAGACUCAGACGACAAGGAGAUGAAUCUCAAUCUCGUGAAAUAACGACACUGAAGAUGGAAUUACAACAAAUAAUGAAGGGCAACUAUGAUUAUUUCAUGCAGAAGGAAAUAUUUGAACAACCAGAAUCUGUGGUUAAUACGAUGAGGGGUAGAUUGAAUUUUGAAACAGGGUGUGUUACAUUAGGAGGAAUUAAAGAAUAUGUUCCUGAAAUAAAACGUUGCAGAAGACUUAUGCUUAUUGGCUGUGGUACUAGUUACCAUAGCGCGAUAGCAACUAGACAAAUUCUUGAAGAACUCACUGAACUUCCCGUUAUGGUUGAAUUAGCAAGUGACUUUUUAGAUAGAUUGACCCCCGUAUUCAGGGAUGAUGUAUGCUUCUUCAUCUCCCAAUCAGGUGAAACUGCCGAUACCUUGAUGGCACUUAGGUACUGCAAAAACAAAGGGGCUCUUAUAGUUGGUAUCACAAAUACAGUUGGUAGUUCGAUUUGCAGAGAAUCCCAUUGUGGGGUCCAUAUUAAUGCUGGUCCUGAGAUUGGUGUAGCCUCUACUAAAGCUUAUACAAGUCAGUUCAUAGCUCUGGUCAUGUUCGCACUCGUUAUGAGUGAAGAUCGUUUAUCUCUUCAGAGAAGGCGACAGGAGAUUGUUGAGGGUUUGAAGAAUCUUCAGGAUCAAAUUAAGGCUGUUUUGAAAUUGGACAAUCAAGUAAAAAAUAUUGCUGAAGAUUUGUACAAAAAGAAAUCUUUGCUUAUUAUGGGAAGAGGUUAUAAUUUUGCAACAUGCUUGGAAGGAGCUCUGAAAGUAAAAGAAUUGACAUAUAUGCACAGUGAAGGUAUAAUGGCUGGUGAAUUGAAACAUGGACCUCUUGCUCUUAUUGACGAAACCAUGCCAGUCAUGAUGAUCAUCACAAGAGAUCCAGUUUAUAAUAAAUGCAUGAAUGCUCUGCAGCAGGUUACUGCUCGCGAAGGUAGACCAAUUCUCAUUUGUGAAGAAGGAGACGAGGAGACAAUGAAAUUUGGCUACAAAUGUUUGCAAGUUCCUAAAACUGUCGACUGCUUGCAAGGUAUUCUGACAGUUAUUCCUAUGCAAUUGCUCAGUUUCCACACAGCUGUUUUGAGGGGAUGCAAUGUUGAUUGUCCAAGGAAUUUAGCUAAGAGUGUAACAGUUGAAUGAUUCUACUACUGAUUUAUGGUAGUAUCUUCUCAAGAUUACAUGAAAUAAUAAUGAAAAAUUCGUGAACCCAUAAAAUUGAACCAUUAGAAGAAGAAUCAUGGACUGACAUUUAAAGAGAUUAUUGUAUAGGUACUGUUCAGAAAGAAGUUGAAGCUCUUCAUAUUGAUAAAUGUUUUCGCACAAUUUUUUUAUACCUUUACAUUCCCGAUCUCAAGGUGUUCAUCUCAUUAUGCAUUUAAUAAUCAGGUUGUCAAAUUUUUAUCAUUGAGAUAUUUCACUAUAAUUACAUACUUUCUUGUGAUUUAUUGAUAGAAUAUUCAAAGUAUGUUAUAAAAUGAAUUGAUUCUUGUAAUUCAUUUAUGUUUUGUACGUCUUUUCACCACAGUUUUUACUUAAUUUUAAAUAUACAAAGUAAAAAAAUAUAUAUUUUUAUCAUGUUUACUUAUAUUUAUCUCUAUACUUAUAUUGAAUAUAUAUAUGGAAUAAUAAUUAAGUGCUUCUGACAUUCUUCAUGAAAUAUCACUUUGCAUUUGUCCAUAAGAUGUUUCUUUUAUGAAUGAUUUAGUUUAUUAUUAUGUUGUCUGAAGGGAAAUUUUUAUUCCCUGGUAGAAUUUCGAAAUUCUAAAUUCUUGUUUAAGUUCCUGUUGAAAUAAAAAUUGAAGUUA